AUAUGUGGGGUAAAUAAAACAAUAGGAAAAUAUACAAUCCACAAAAUAGCUAUAAAAAGAUGUGUUGUUGUUACAUUAAUUAGGGUUAGUAAAUUACUCAUAGUUCACUCUGACAUUCAAUGUGGUGACCUUUUUAAUAGUUCCAAUAACUAACAAGAGGAAAUUUUUGACUAAAAUAUGAACUGAGCAAAUUAUCCAUCUAAAUGUAUGAAACCACAACACGCCUUGUAAAUCUACAUUGUGCCCAUGUGGCAGUUUGCGGAAGGUGGUGACGGUCAGCGGAGGUUUUCUAACCGCUUUAGCAUUUGAAUACACAGAUGGCUGAUUCAUAAAGCACAUGUGUGGUGAAUGAUGGAGCGACGCCUUCUUGUAAGGUGACAUAUUGGUUUUCCACGCCCCCGGUUUGUGAUAGGCUGUUCAAGUGUAAAGCACGGCGUCUUGAUCCUGAUUGGUUCACAAGGGCUUCCGACCGUUGGAGCAUGCGCAGUAGGUGCAGCGCUGAAAUUCAAAUUUGAACAGUUUUCGACUGCGGAGAGUAGAAGAAAAAAGGGAAGCUGUGAGCCGCUCAGCUUUUCCUCGCCUUGUAUGUACAGCGUUUAAACACUGUUGUUGAAAUAUCGAUCGACAGGGAUAUACAAACACGAAAUGGAUCCAUUUACCGAGAAACUGUUGGAGCGGACCCGAGCUCGCAGAGAAAAUCUGCAGAAGAAAAUGGCAGAGAGACCAAAUGCAGCAAACCGACAGAUGGUCAAACGGCCCAGAGAGCCGCUGGCCGACACCAACCGUGUGAUCAGCGAGUCAGUAUUGGAUAAAGCUCCGCAGGUGUCCUCCAAGCCGUCUCCCUCAAAGCGCAGAUGUUCGGAGGAAAACCUCUCGCCCCCGGCCGGCGCGGAGAACCAGGAGCCAACGACGUCCCUGGCUGUCGCUCACGUGCUCUCGGAUCCUCUCACGGACAAGAAACCCCCGGCGGGGCCCGCCAGCGUUCGCCACUCCUCCUCACUGGAGAAGGCUGCUUCCCGCCCGGCCCUCCAGCCUCAGCCAGAGCAGCUGGAAACUCCAGAGCCGCAGGAAAUGACCCCAGCUCCGACUCUGCCGAGCAGCAGAGAAGAGGAGAUGGUCAGUUCAGCUCCGCAGGGGAACAAGGACCUGGCGGAGGUCAGGGCUCCACCUGCUGCUGGCAUGAAGUCUCGUCUGCAGAGGCUAGCACAGCAGAGACAGUAUUGGGAUGGUGAUGACUCCCAUGAUGCAGUUCCAGACUGCGCUCCCACGUCCCCUCUGAAGAAACGAGCCGAGGUCCCGCCGGCUGCCGUCCACACCGUGUCCUCGGGAACUCCAGUUGGGAGGAGGGGCCGGCUGGCCAACCUCGCCGCCACCAUCGGAACCUGGGAAGACGACUUGAGCCACGCCAACAUUCCCAAGGAGAGUGCCAAAGAGAAGCCUGCCAGCACGGUUCCCAAGUCAGCGGUCAGAGACGCUGCUGUGGCUGCCAGCACCAAACCAGGUGCUGCAGGCCACGUGGCGGCCGCUUCAAUGGCAAGCAGCAAGUUUACACCCAGCUCUCAGGUUGUGAAUUAUCCAGCAAAGCCGAGCCGACUGAUUCUCCCCAGCACUGAAAAGGCUGAUAUUCCUGCAGCCAGACCGGUUCUCAAGUCCGUAAUCAGUCCCCAGAAGGGUUCCACCCAGGAGAGGACCUUCCCCUCUAGUCCCCAGAAGGGUUCCAACCAGGAGAGGACCUUCCCCUCUAGUCCCCAGAAGAUUUCCAACCAGGAGAGGCCCGUCCCCUCUAGUCCCCAGAAGAUUUCCAACCAGGAGAGGCCCGUCCCCUCUAGUCCCCAGAAGAGUUCCCUCCAGGGAAAAGCCUUCCCAUCUAGUCCCCAGAAAGCUGGUCCCAUCUCCUCAACAUCUGUGCCUCAAAGUCCCCUGAAGACUCAGGCCCUCGUCAGGGGUCCCGCCUCCAGCCCCCAGAAACCAGAACUCUGUGGCAAGCCCGCCGCUUCUGGCCCUCCUGGUGUAAAAUCCUUUCUGGAGCGCUUUGGAGAGCGAUGCCAGGAGCGCACCAACCAGGGCUCUCCAGCUGGGGGUGCUAGCCAAUCAAAGACCACCGUCGCAACUCCAUCGGCGGUCACACCGAACACCAGGAUGGUGCAGGACCGACUCCAAGCUGCCCGGACUGCAAACACCACCUCUGCCGAGCUCGCGCAAAGACAGAAGCUGGAGCGAGAGUCUGAGCUGGCUCAGAUUCGUAGUCGCUUUCAGAAGGGGAACAACAACAACAUGUGGAAAAACAAUGAUAAAUCAGCAGAAACCAUUUCAAAUGAAGACAUCAAGGAGCAGCUUGACCAGCCCGUGGAGACUCAUGUGCCCCCGUGUGAGCCGCAGGAGGAACCCGCAGCGUCUCCCGAGGGUGCAGAUACACCCAGAAAGUGCCCCCCUCCAGCAUCUCCUGGGUGGAUGAUGUCACCUCCCGCCUCAGCAUCCAGCCCUCUAAAGGCAGUCAGCCGUCCUGUCGAGCAAAAAAGUGCCCAACCCCCAGAAGAAGAGGAGGUUGUCAAGGAGACCGAGAUGAAUGUGGACGAGUCCAUCAACUCUGCUGUUAUCACCGAGCUGUUUGAUAGAGCCUUGGACCACAGUGAUGAUGACGAUGAGGAGGAGGAGGAAGAUGCUUUGAAUAUCUCCUCCAUGUCCCUCCUCACUCCACUAGCAGAGACUGUGGCUGCUGUGGUGGAUAGUCCCAAGAGGCAGAUGAUGGCGUCUACUCCGGCCAGCUCCUUCAUCGCAAAGAGCGACACGCCCGGCAAUGUUUCCAAACCCAGCAAGUUCCAGAGAACCAACAUAAAGCGGACCGGCUCCUCCGAGACCCUGGACGAGGACCACAAACUGCCAUAUAGCAUUUCUGCAUACAGGUCCACCAGAGUGAAGGAGGCCGAGAGAUCCAGCGUGAAACAGGUGAUUGUGAGAAAGGAGGACGUUUCUCGCCGAGCAGAGGAACCGACAGGAUCCAGUCUCCCCAGCAUCAAGCAGAAGAUGAAGAUUCUGACAAACGAGCUGAACCUGCAGCAGACUGUCAUUCAUCAGGCCAGUCAGGCACUGAACUGCUGCACAGAUGAGGAGCACGGCAAAGGGUCCCAGGUGGAGGCGGAGGCCGAGAGGCUGCUGCUGGUGGCAACGGAGAGGAGGGAAGCGCUGAAGGCAGAGCUGGACGGUCUGCGAGGAGACCCAAAGGGCCAGAAGAAGUCCUCUGCGGCUGCAGAACCUUCCGGCACGUCUGCCUCCAAGGGCUCCGUCACCCUGCAGGAGUUGCGGCUGCCUCUCAAGGCGGACUUCGUUUGCUCCAUCGCCAACAAGCCAGAAUCGACCAAACAUUCCUUCUUCCUGAUGAUCCGCGCCGGAGCAGAGAACACCGUGGCUACGCCUUUAGCCAGCACCCACCGGGGGCUCAGUGGGGACACCCUGGCCUUCCCCACCAAGUUCACCAUAUUGGAUGUCUCUAGCAACUUUGAAAUUGAUAUUGAGGUCUACUGCUUGGUGCAGAAGCGGGACGUCUGCAGUGACAAGAAGAAGAAACCCAGCAAGUCAAAGAUGAUAUGGAGAGAGGUUCAUGAGGCCCAUUAUAUGUGUAUGUCGGCAAUCACUCCAAAGAGAUUCCUCGCCAUCACUAAAAGUGCUCAGACACCAGUUGUAGCGAGUCCAGGAGGCCCCAAUGCCGUUCGCACCAGUAACUUCGUCCUGGUCGGAUCGCACAAGCUCACCCUGUCAUCUAUUGGCACGAACAAAUUCCCAUUGGAGAAGAUCAAAUAUGAAGGAUGUGAAAGGGAACUACUCAGUGACAUGUUUCAUACCAAGGUGCCGUUCCUGUGCCCCCUGGAGGGCCACGUCUACCUCAAGAUGCAGUGUGAGGUCGGCUCCAAAGUGGAGGAGAAGGGCUUCCUGACGAUGUUUGAGGAUGUGAGCGGGUUUGGAGCCUGGCACAGGAGGUGGUGCGUCCUGUCGGGAUACUGCAUCUCUUACUGGACGUACCCGGACGACGAGAAGCGCAAGAAUCCCAUUGGACGCAUCAACCUGGCAAACUGCACCAGCAAGAAGGUGGAACCGGCCAACCGGGAGUUUUGUGCCAGACCCAACACCUUUGAGCUCAUCACGGUCCGACCACAGAAAGCGGACGACAAAGAAACUCUAGUCAGCCAGUGCCAGAAUACCAUGUGUGUCACCAAAAACUGGCUGUGUGCAGACACUAAGGACGAGCGGAACCUGUGGAUGAAGAAGCUGAACCAGAUUGUGGUGGAUCUGCGGAUGUGGCAGCCGGACGCCUGUUACAGGCCGCUGUGAGCCGGCCCUUCUGUCCUCUGGACUGUCUGUCGGUGACGCAUGCAAACACAAAGUGCAAUACACUAUAUAAGAAUUUUAAAAUAUUAUCAAUAACCAGAGACUCAAGUUAAGGAUUAGAGGAGUAAAUGAAUAAAGCCAUUGAGAUAUUUCAGUAGUUUGAGUUUGGCACUAUAUGUUUUUUAAUUAAUUUCCAUACUGGUUUGAUAUUCUCAUGUUUUUGGGGUAUUGUUGAGUUUCCAGAAUUUUAUGUUGAUGCUAAUAUUUAGUGUCCUUGACACACAAUGCGUGGGUUGAAAUCAUUUGGUCUCAAUGCCAAAAUCACUGUUUUAUAAAUUAUAGAUUAGCGAGGCACCAGUUUUUACCGUAUUUUAACCUGCAUGACGGCACAGAACAAUACUGCAACUUUUUGUACUUUAUAUAUUAGCUUUCAUAACUUGUGGCUGUUUUCUUUUUACAUGUUUCUUCCUCCAUUGUCAUACGUUCACACCCCGACUUUCAAUCUAGUUGAGAUGUCAGUAAAGUGUCUUUGCGUCUGUGUGGACGUUAGUUUUGGACGAGGUCUGGUCUGUUACAUCGUCUACGCUAGAAUCUGUUUCAUUCAAACGAUUCACUAACAUGUGUUGUGGUUGUAAACGGCUCAUGCACGCAGCCGUGCGCUAUUUUGUUCUAGCAGUAGAUUUUCAUUUUUGGUGUGUAUAUCAAAUGGCCUAAAUUCUUAACUGCUGCAAACAGUGCUUUGAAAACAAUACGGAGGGCGUGUGGACCCUGUGCUUUUAGUCACACUUUGCGUAUAUUUAUUUUACGAGAUGGACGCGUCUAUUUUUAAGUAUGUGGCGCUGCAGCCGAUGGAAGAAUCACAAAGGCGUUCAAGCUACAGACGGGCACACACUGUAACAGACCUGACCGGGAUCCUUCAGGUGUUCGUAGAUGUGAUUUCAGGGUCAAUAGAAGAGCUUUUUCCAUCAUGUUGUGGUUAUGGAUACGGCGGCCAACAGGUAUUCAUCACGAAGAACAGGAGGGAGCAGGAAAAAGUGCUUUCAGCUGCGUCUUUGACUGACUUCAGUUCUUUUUGUCAGGUUGGUUGCAGGUCUUUGUGGUUCUGAGACUUCAAUAAAGGCCUGACAAAACCGACCGGGGUGCCAAUGCAUGAGUUUUGUCAUUUUAUUUAAAUGUAUUAAAUGGAGAAAUGUUUAACACCAUUGUCUCUUUAAAAUAAAGACUACUUAUUUAAAA